CCUGGGAGAGGCGUCAGAGCGGCAGCCUCAGACUGCACGUGGGUUGCUGCCCCUGGUGCCGAGGGCGCGUCUCGGGUCCGGACCCGCUUUCAGUAUCAUGGGGCGCAAGUUGGACCCGACCAAGAAGGAGAAGCGCGGGCCCGGCCGAAAGGCCCGAAAACAGAAGGGCGCUGAGACCGAGCUCGCCAGGUUCUUGCCUGCAGCUGGUGAUGAAAAUUCCAAAAGGCUGUCUAGUCGUGCUCGAAAGAGGGCAGCCAAGAGGAGGUUGGGCUCCGCUGAAACCUCUGAGAUGAAUAAGCGUCCUGGGGUCAAACCAUUGCCUGGAAAGCUUCCAAAAGGGAUCUCUGUAGGAGCUCUCCAGACACCUGGUAAGAAGGGAGCCCAGUCCUUACUUAACACUGCUCGAGGCAAGAAGCGCCCAGCACCAGCCCAUAGCAGUGACGAAGAAGAGGAAGAGGAAGACUCUGAAGAGGAUGGUGUGGUAAACCAGGGAGACCUCUGGGGCUCUGAGGACAGUGAUGCGGAUAUGAUAGAUGACUAUGGAACAGACUCCAACUCAGAGGACGAAGAUGAAGAGGAGUUGCUGCCCAUUGAAAGGGCUGCUCGGAAGCAGAAGGCCCAGGAAGCUGUUGCUGGGGGCCAGUGGAGUGAGGAGGAAACUGAUGAAGAGGAGGAAGAGGAGGGAGUGUCCCCUGAGUCAGGCCCCCAAAAGGAAUACGAGACAGAUGGGGGCCUGCAGAUCAACCUGGAUGAAGAGGAGCCUUUUGUGCUGCCCCCUGCUGGGGAGAUGGAGCAGAGUGCCCAGGCUCCAGACUUGCAACGAAUUCACAAGCGCAUCCAAGACAUAGUGGGAGUGCUGCGUGACUUUGGGACUCAGCGGGAGGAAGGGCGGUCUCGAGCUGAGUAUCUGCACCGGCUUCAGCGGGAUCUGGCCACUUACUACUCCUAUGGAGACUUUCUGCUUGGCAAGCUCAUGGACCUCUUCCCUCUGUCUGAGCUGGUGGAGUUCUUAGAAGCUAAUGAGGUGCCUCGGCCCAUCACCCUCAGGACCAACACCUUGAAAACCCGGCGCCGAGACCUUGCUCAGGCGCUAAUCAAUCGUGGGGUUAACCUGGAUCCCCUGGGCAAGUGGUCAAAGACCGGACUAGUGGUAUAUGAUUCCUCAGUGCCCAUUGGUGCUACUCCCGAGUACCUGGCUGGGCACUACAUGCUACAGGGGGCCUCCAGCAUGUUACCUGUCAUGGCCUUGGCACCCCAGGAACACGAGCGGAUCCUGGACAUGUGUUGUGCCCCUGGAGGAAAGACCAGCUACAUAGCCCAGCUGAUGAAGAACACAGGUGUGAUCCUUGCCAAUGAUGCCAAUGCUGAGCGGCUCAAGAGUGUUGUGGGUAACCUGCACCGGUUGGGAGUCACCAACACCAUUAUCAGCCACUAUGAUGGGCGUCAAUUCCCCAAGGUGGUGGGGGGCUUUGACCGAGUACUGCUGGACGCUCCCUGCAGUGGCACUGGGGUCAUCUCCAAGGACCCAGCUGUGAAGACUAACAAGGAUGAGAAGGACAUCCUGCGCUGUGCUCACCUUCAGAAGGAGUUGCUCCUGAGUGCUAUUGACUCUGUCAAUGCCACCUCCAAGACAGGAGGCUACCUCGUCUACUGCACCUGUUCCAUCAUGGUGGAAGAGAACGAGUGGGUGGUAGACUAUGCCCUGAAAAAGAGGAAUGUGCGGCUGGUGCCCACAGGUCUAGACUUUGGCCAGGAGGGCUUUACCCGCUUUCGAGAAAGGCGCUUCCACCCCACUCUGCGUUCCACCCGCCGCUUCUACCCCCACACCCACAAUAUGGAUGGUUUCUUUAUUGCCAAGUUCAAGAAAUUCUCCAAUUCUAUUCCCCAGUCCCAAACAGCCCCAGGAAAUUCUGCAACAUCCACCCCUACAAACCCAGAUGUGCCUGACCUGAAAGGCCAGGUGAUCCCCAAGCCUGAGAGCAGCAGCAAGCCUGCCAAAAAGGCCAAAGGGGCUGUGAAAGCAGAGUGGCACUUGCAGAAACGGCAACGUCCCAAGAAGACCUCCUUCCAGAAGCAGAAUGGUAUCCCCAAAGGGGCAGACUCUGAAUUGUCCACUGGACCUUCUGUCCCAAAGGUCCAAGCCUCCUCCAAGCCCCAGGGUAACAGGCAGCCAGCUGAAAAGGCCGUAGUGAUCAGGAAACCCAAGGUGACCGGGAAGCUAAAGCAACAGUCACCUAAACUGCAGUCUUCCAAGAAAGUUGCCUUCCGGAGGCAGAAUGCUCCUCUCAAGGCCAUGGAUACAGAGAUGCCCACCGGGCUGUCCCUCUCCAAGCCUCAGGCCACUUGGAAGCCUGAGAACUGUGUUCAGCCCCAAGGGGCUGAGAAGGCAAAGCAGCAGGUGCCACAGAAGCCUUCCAAGAAAGCUGCCUUCCAGAAACAGAAUGGCACCUCCGAGGGACCCCAGACCCCUACCAUGUCCCCCCUUAGUGCCAGCCGGCCCCCACCAGCAAAGAGGAGAAAAUCUCAGCCCAGAGGCAGCAGCGGGCCACUGCUGUCUUAGAUACUUGGGUGAAACGAGACUGGGGUGCGUCUUGCUGUUGUCCCUGGGUUGGAACUCUUGCCUCUGUGAGGAUGGCUUUCCCACUGUGCAUAUGAAGUUUAAUAUACAUUUUGCAAUCUC